AUCUCAGUUUCAUCCAUCACCCAAAUACAUUUUCUCUAAUAUAUAUAUACAUACACACACAAACACCUCCCAACGAUAUCUUCAACUUGGCAUUUGAAGACUUCUUCACUUAGUCGCACAGUAAUUUUCUCCAUUUAUUGAAAAACUAUGAGUUAUUUAGAGGGAAACGAGAAGAGCAACAAGUCAGGUGGGCCAUGGGGAGGAGAGUGUGGUGGCCGCUGGGACGACGGCGUUUACUGCUCCGUAAGGCAAAUAAUAAUCAGCCAUGGAGCCGUAAUAGAUUCCAUCCAGAUCGAGUACGACACGAGGGGUUGCUCCCUUUGGUCGGAGAAGCACGGCGGGAGUGGCGGAGUCAAAACUGACAAAGUCAAGCUUGACUACCCAGACGAGUACCUCAUCUCCAUCAGUGGUUACUUUGGGAGUGUCAGCGACUGCGGGCCCGUCGUGAUCCGAUCCCUUGCUUUCGAGACCAACAAAAGAAGAUUUGGGCCUUAUGGCUUUCAAAAAGGUACCCACUUCUCCUUUUCGUUGACUGGUGCUAAGAUCGUGGGCUUUCAUGGCCGAACUACUGGUCUUCACUUGGAUGCUAUCGGUGUGUAUGUCAAGCCAUUUUUGAACAUUAGAACGGUCCAAACCCAGACUGCCCAGAACCGAACAGGACUUGGAGCUGGUGGUGGUGGCGGAAACAAGGCGUUUGAUAUCAUGGUUGCAGUCAGAGAAAAAAUGGAUAACAUGUUUAUAUCCGAUGGCGGUUUCAUUGGAAAGAACGAACAGGCAUUUGCAACUGGUCAUGAGGGUGUGAAAGGGAGUGGGUACCACAGACAAGUUGGAAAAGAGAAAGAAAACUAUAUGAUUAUGCCGCCUAAUCAUACUUAUAGUGAAGAAACUGAACAUUAUUCCAAUGAUCACAGUGGGUUUUACGGACACAAUGAAUCACCAAUGAAAGGGUACCCUGCACAUAUGGGAAGACCUGUAAAAGAAUUCGACCAUUACAACAUGGAUGCAAAUCAUGAUCGUCGCCGCUACAGCGAAUAUGAAGCCAAGGAAAAGGUGUAUGGAGCAAAAGGACGCCCAAAUCCAAAGUACAGUAUUGAUGAUGAUCAAGGUUAUGCUCUUCCACCUGAACGGGGCAUAUAUAGAGAAUAUGAAACAAAAGAGACUAAGUUGUAUGGUGGUGGGAGCGGAGCAGAGAAGGAUUACGCAAACAUGAGGCGAACAGAGGGUUUGUUCGGGCAAAACAGAGACUUUAGCGAUUAUGAAAUUACUAAAGAGAAGUUGUACCAGUCUAGUGCCCAAAUUCCGAAUCGGCCACAAGGUGUAAAACAAGCUGUGUCGUAUGGACCUUGGGGUGGUACUGGGGGAAUGUUAUUUGACGAUGGAGUGUAUACAGGAGUUCGAGAAAUCCAUAUAGCACGCUCUGGGGGUGUCGUUUCCAUUAAAGUUUGUUACGACAUGAAUGGCCGGGCGGUUUGGGGAAACAAGAAUGGUGGAAAUGGAGGGUUCAGGUUGGACAAGAUAGCUUUUGACUACCCACAUGAGUACUUGACUCACAUAAGUGGAUAUUACGGGUCAUUGAUCUUAAGAGGGCCAACUGUGAUCAAAUCCCUGACCUUCUUCACCAACAAGAAGAAGUACGGUCCUUUCGGGGAUGAACAAGGAUUACCCUUUUCCUCUGGCCAGAAAGAUGGAAUUGUCGUUGGAUUUCAUGGCAAACAAGGUUGGUUUGUGGACAGCAUAGGAGUCCAUGUCCUUAAUGUCGUAGAAGGAAAGUAUUCACUACCUAGGCCUAGUUUCGACAUUAAUUCCACAGUGACCGACAUCAGAUAUGGUCACGACCAGGUUGUUUCAACGCCGGUGAAAGUGCCGAUUCCGUUGGGUCAAGGGCUGCGGCCAGCCAUGAUCUCAGGGCCGACGGGUGCAUGUGGCUCAGGGCCUUGGGGCGGAGAUGGUGGUAAGCCAUGGGAUGAUGGAGUCUUCACAGGGAUUAGGAAGAUCUUCUUGACAAAAGGAGAAGCCAUUCUCUCUAUUCAAAUAGAGUAUGAUCGCAAUGGCCAAUCCAUGUGGUCUGUUAAGCAUGGAAACAACAACGAUGGUAGCUGUCAUGUGAUUCAAUUUGAGUAUCCACACGAAGUGUUGACUGGCAUGAGUGGAUAUUAUGGACCGGUUAUGGGAGACGCAUGCAAGAUUGUAGUGAAGUCCUUGACUUUCUACACCAAUAGAGGAAGGUACGGGCCAUUUGGGGAGGAGAUGGGCACAUAUUUCACUUCUCCAAGAAACGAAGGCAAAAUAGUUGGGUUCCAUGGAAAGAGUGGCUCCCAUCUUUAUGCCAUUGGAGCUCAUAUGCAGCCCUGGUACCAGGAUAGGUCUGCCGAGCAAGGACCCAUCAAAAUGAUUCUCAACAAAAUCUUCGCUUAGAAAUAGUAAUACUACGUACUCCUAGUACCUACCCUGUCUAGUGGGUCGGCACCUAGCUAUAUGUUUGUAUGGUGUUUCUUAACUAAAAUGAUACGCAAACUAGUCACUUCCAGUGCAAUAAUGUACUCUUACCGUGGGGAAAAUGAGUCAAAUAAGGAAAGAAGCAUCUCUAUAUUGUAAUGAAGCAGUAUGCUGGCGAAUGCACUGAAGAUAUAUAUAUUUAUGAUUUUAUAUGCGUA